AUGCUGACAGUCCACCUCUCCCUUCUGCUGCUGCCUUACUCUGUAUGCCAAACCCAUUCCAUUAACUGCAGUAUAUCUGACGAUCUUCUUCCUAUACCUCAUCAAUUUUAUCAGCCAGGAGACUUUGUAAUUGGAGAGAUUGCUUCCCAGGUCUUUGUCUUUCACCGCAGUCCCUCUUUCAUGGAACGGCCCACCCAGACAUUGAUUGGCAAACCAGUUUCCGUGCCAAAGAACUACCAGCAUAUUCUGGCCUUGGUUUUUGCCAUCAAAGAGAUUAAUGAGAACCCCCAAAUCCUUCCAAAUAUAUCCUUGGGAUUCCACAUUCUCAACAGCUACUAUGUAGCAAGAAUGACUUAUAAGGCCACCUUGAACCUGCUUACCAGGCAGUAUAGGCUUGUUCCCAACUUCCAGUGUGAUGCCUGGAGCAACCUCAUUGCUCUCAUUGGGGCGCUGGCUUCUGAAACUUCUGCCAAUGUGGCCACCAUUUCUGCCAUCUACAAGAUGCCACAGCUCCAUGGCUUUCUAAAGAAGACCAUGUUCAACAACAGUGUUGGAGAGAGUGUAUAUUUUGAUACAAAUCAAGAAUUAAUUGUAGAUUUUGAUGUUACCAAUUGGGUUACUCUCCCUAAUGGAUCAUUUGACAGAGUCAAAGUUGGAAGACUGGAUCCUCAGGCUCCGGUAGGCAAAGAGUUAACGAUUAAUGAUGACCAACUUGUGUGGCAUAGAAGCUUUAACCAGGUUGUGCCUCUUUCUGUGUGCAAUGACAACUGCUAUCCUGGUUACAGCAGGAAAAAGAAGGAGGGAGAGAAAUUUUGCUGCUAUGAUUGUGCUCCAUGUCCAGAAGGGAUGAUCUCUAACCAGAAAGACAUGGAUGUUUGUUUCAUAUGUCCAGAAGACCAAUAUCCCAACCAGGAUAAAAACCAAUGCAUUCCCCGGAUUCUAAGCUACCUCUCUUACAAAGAACCUUUAGGAAUCUUUCUCACCGUGUCGGCGGUUUUGUUCUCUGUGAUCACAGUUUUAAUACUUGCAGUCUUUAGGAAGCACCAAGACACUCCCAUGGUCAAAGCCAACAACCGGACCCUCACCUACGUUCUCCUCAUCUCCCUCCUUCUUUGCUUCCUCUGCUCCUUCCUCUUCAUUGGGCAGCCUGGAAAGGCAACCUGUCUUCUCCGACAAAUGGCUUUUGGCAUUGUUUUCUCCUUGUCCGUUUCCACAGUUUUAGCAAAAACCAUCACUGUGGUUCUAGCAUUCAUAGCAACCAAACCAGGAUCCAGGAUGAGGAAAUGGGUGGGGAAAAGACUGGCGUAUGGUAUUGUUCUUUUUGGCUCAUUGAUUGAAGUGGCCAUUUGCAUGGUUUGGCUGGCUCAUUCUCCUCCAUUCCCCGAUGCAGACAUGCACUCUCUGAAUGGGGAGAUCAUCAUGGAAUGCAAUGAGGGCUCCACUUCCAUGUUCUACUCUGUCCUGGGAUACAUGGGCUUCCUGGGCAUUGCCAGUUUCACCGUGGCUUUCUUUGCCAGGAAGUUACCUGACAGUUUCAAUGAAGCCAAAUUCAUCACCUUCAGCAUGUUGGUGUUUUGCAGUGUGUGGCUGUCCUUUGUUCCAGCAUACCUGAGCUCGAAAGGAAAAUACAUGGUAGCUGUGGAGAUCUUCUCCAUCUUGUCCUCCGGUGCUGGGUUGCUGGGUUCUAUUUUCUUCCCCAAAUGCUAUAUCAUUAUUCUGAGGCCUGAGCUGAACAGCAAAGAACACUUAAUAAGGAGAUCAUAG